UCCCUUCCAGUCCGUUGCCCCGGUAACCCGGAAGCCUCACGCGCUCCAUGCUGCACCGCUCAGAGUCCUUCCUGUUUGAGAAAUUUCAAGGAAGCAGCAGCAACUGGAGUCAGUCGCAAAUGCUGAUGAAUUCGUCUCUGUGAUCUUUGGGAGGGGAAGACCCAUGCUCUCUCAUCUUUCUGCUGCCAUACCGCCCCUGUACAUACUGUGGAUCGCCAUGGCCCAGGUUGGUGGUCAGGAGGACAGAGAGAAAACUACUGCACUCAAAGAUUUGCUGUCAAGAAUAGACUUGGAUGAACUGAUGAAGAAAGAUGAACCUCCUUUUACUUUCCCCAAAACACUGGAGGAGUUUGAAUAUGCCUUCAAUGAAUAUGGCCAGCUGAGACAUAUAAAAACGGGUAAACCCUUUGUGUUCAAUGCCAGAGAGGAUCUCCACCGCUGGAACCAGAAACGCUAUGAAGCUCUUGGAGAGAUCAUCACUCAGUAUGUUUAUGAGCUGUUGGAGAAAAAGUGCAACAUGACUAAAGCAAUCCUGCCAGUGGAUGCUGCAGAAGAUGAACCCACCAGUUUUAUCUACCUGAGCCCAGAUGCCUUGUCCAACCCAUCCAAGCUGCUGGUGCUGAUCCAAGGUAGUGGUGUGGUGCGUGCCGGUCAGUGGGCCCGUAGACUAAUCAUCAAUCAGGACCUGGACUCAGGGACGCAGAUUCCUUUCAUUAACAGAGCAAUGGAGGAGGGCUAUGGUGUGAUGGUACUCAACCCCAAUGAGAACUACUUGGAAGUGGAAAAGCCAGCAAAGUUCUCUCCCCUGCCUUCUCCUACGGAGCCCUCGGACGAACCUGCUGAGAAGAGGGAGCGCAAGGAUGACAAAGAGGGCAAAAAGAAGAGAGAGUUUUAUGAGAAAUACCGGAACCCACAGAAAGAGACAGAGACUGAACGGAUUCCUAUACGAGAAAACGCCUCCUCCGAGGAACACGUGCAGUACGUGUGGGACCACUUUGUGUCCAAAGCCGCAGCCAAAAAUGUCUUCAUCGUGGCCCACAGCUAUGGAGGGCUGUCUUUAGUUGAGCUGAUGAAUCAGAGAGAAAUGCAAGUGAAGAACAGAGUGUGCGCAGUGGCCCUGACUGACUCUGCUCACAACAUCUGGUUACAGGAGACCAGCAAAAGCACACAGGACUGGAUGCAGCAGCACUGUUGUAACUGGGUGUCGAGUCCAGAGCCGUUGGACACACCGCUGGAUCCUAUGCUGCCAGACUGCCCCAGAGUCUCUGCAGGCACAGAGAGACAUGAACUGACCUCCUGGAUGAGUUUCACCUCCAUCUUCAGGUUCUUUGGUGAGGUCCUGGAGGCGAAAGAAGACGAGGAGGCGGAGGAGACCUCCAACACUGUCACCACUCGCAGCAGCUCCCUCAAAAACAAACACCAAGAUUUGUAGGCAAACCAUCAACAGUGACUUGGAACAGGAGAUGUGGGGUGGGGGUGGCAAGGGAUCAGAGGUGGGGUGCAAAAAGGGUCCUGUUUGCUAUUUUUUUUUUCCUUUUCUAGCCCUGUUUCACGAAAACCUCCCACCAGCUCUCCUUCCCCCCUCUUUUCCCUGAGUGUCAUUUCUCCCUUCCAGCCCUCCCUGGCUUUGCGCUCACAUAGCCUUCUUGUUGUAAGAGACAAGAGUACAGGGUCACCGUGUAUACAUCACAAUAACGUUUUGCAUUACUUCUACUUGAGUGCAACUGUCAAAGCAAUAUGGGCCUGAGUGUUAGCGCUUCCCGUGGGCUGUGGCCUGGCUGCGGGUACAGGCCACAGCAGCAGAGAUUAAGGCUGACAGGCGCUGUGCACAAUGCGCUGUGGUGCACCUCUAAUUGUCCUGACAUCAGCCUGAACUGAGCUAAUGCCCCGCCUGCCCUCCAGUCUGCACUGCUCAGCCUCUCCCUCCUCUCCCUCUUCCCCCCGGUCCUAACGCCUGGACUGCUUACCCUGAAAUUAGCUCAUCUGGUACGGCAUGUUCUGGUAAGAUUCGGUAUCAUUUAAAGUCGGCUAAUGCCCCAUUAUUUCUGCAUCCCAUACCCACUACACAUUUUAAUAAGACUGAACUCUCUUCACUCCUGUUUGUUUUAACAUUGUUUUUAGGACUUAUAUUUUCUUGUGUGACUCUUCCACACACACAAUCAGCUUUUAAGUUUGACUUUUAGUCAUUUAGGACAUGGUUCUAACCUGUGCCGUAUAUUUCUGGAAUUGCAGUUCUUAUUAAAAGAGAGAUUUAUUUGCUUGUUUUUCAACUUUGAGCUAAAUUCGAAGGCAGUGUCUCAUACACACAUUCAGACUGCUAUUUUUUUAAUAUUAAACCAAUAUCUCUUGGAGCAAGUAAGUGAGUGUUUGCUUUAGCACAUCUAUGGGUUUGAUUUGCAAAAAGUGUGGAGAGUUCAUUUCUCUGUUUAUUAUAAAUAUAUAUCUUUUUCCCUUGUUUUUUUUUUCCAGUGUGAUAUCCUUGAAAUUGAUGUCUCUGGAUGAUUGAAUGCGAUGAAACAAAUAAACCAAACACAACCUGUUCUGAAUAUGGAAAAUUCCGGACACUGAGCAUAUUUAAAAUCACUUAAAGUCAAGCAUCAAAAUGGGUUUGAGGGAUAUCUCAUUUUAACAGGAGCCAGAAGUCAGCUCACAACACUCAUAAAACCUCAAUAUAUCGCCUUACACAUGUCAGGAAAUCCAAGAUUUCAAUAUUAUUCUAAGCCGGAAUGAUAUUUCCUCAGAUGUUGGAGAAAUGUAACAUAUCCAAUUUUUUUCUUUCAACCAAAGUACUCUUCUUGUGUACUUAGAAGUGACAAAGUUAGCUCAAUGCUCAGCUGCACAUAAUCUGACUAUGUGACACAAACAUGGUAA